CUGCAACGGCUAAUCACCAUCCUUGGCCUUGGUCGGGACGUCAACAGCCCCUCCCUCCCAGACCAACGGGUCACCGGAAUACGCCAUGGAUGCAUGUCUGGGUCCUCUGGGGAAUACGGUACCCGGCCGGAGGGGCAGGGGCAUGGGCAUGGAGAUAGUCGAGUGUGAACAGUCACUAUAUCUAUCGUCCGUUCCUAGACGCAGCCCGCCCCGGUAAGAGUUGUUGAAUAGAAGAAUUAGACGAGUACAUCGAAUAGCAAUGCGUGCUCUGUCUCUUUUUCUCGUGCUGUCCUCCGUUGCGGAGGCGGUGUCUAUUGGCCAACGUCGAAAGAUUGUCCAGUCGUUCAACGUACGCCGAACCAAGAGCUCUGAUUCCACCCCCUUGCAGGUUGGAAAUGGCAACUUUGCCUUCGGUGCGGACGUUACGGGGCUUCAGACCUUCAAGCCAUAUGCCAUCAUGUCAACGUGGGGCUGGCACAACUUCAGUCUCCCUACGACGCCUGGCCAAACUUCUGUCGAUGACUACACCGGCCUACAAAUGUGGACGCAUGGUAGACUUGUCCCCUAUGAAGUGCCGAACCCGGCCCAGAAUGACAUCUCAAACUGGCUCAGGGAGAACCCCCAUCGCCUUAAUCUAGCCAGGGUUGGGUUUGACUUUGGCAGAAAGGAUGUCACAGAGGACGACCUACGACAUAAAUCCCAGGAACUCGAUAUGUGGACGGGGAGGUUAUCAUCAUCCUUCGUCUAUGAUGGAUCUCCUGUGAGAGUCGAGACGUGGGCCGACCCAAACUCAGAUACCGUCGCAGUCAAUGUAAACUCGAAGCUGUUGAGACGGAGUCUGGGUCUCUUUUUCGACUUCCCGUACCCCGACAAAGAGAAGUUCAACGCCCCUUUCGUCGGCCACUUCAACCUCACUUCGAAACACUCAACUGCCCUAGAUCAACAGUCUCCCAACACAGCCACAAUAAAGCACACGCUGGAUGACACAACUUACUACACCCACAUAUCAUGGAGCGGCCACGGAAAUAUCAAUGGCCCUACCAACGGAACCCACCGCUACACCUUCACCUCAGCCCAGACCAACAACGUCCGACUAACCAUCACCUUCUCCUCCGCCCCCAACCCAGAACCAACCCCCUACCCCCGCGUCACCGCCGCCUCCCGCGCCUGGUGGAACUCCUUCUGGGCCCGCGGCGCCUUCAUCGACCUAACCUCAGUCCACGACCCGCGCGCGCACGACCUCCAAAAACGCAUCAUCCUCUCCCAGUACCUCACCACCAUCAACUCAGCCUCGUCCUACCCGCCCCAGGAAUCCGGCCUCGUCAACAACGGCUGGCACGGCAAGUUCCACCUCGAGAUGACCCUCUGGCACACCCUGCCCUUCGCCCGCUGGAACCACGCCGACCUCGUCCGGCGCAGCCAGCCGGCCACUUACGAACAAAUCCUCCCCGCGGCUCUCUCGCGCGCGCAGGCCCAGGGGUAUGCCAAGGGCGCGCGCUGGGGCAAAAUGACGGAUCCGCAGACGGGCCGCAGCGCGCCGGGGGAUAUUAAUGCGUUGCUGAUCUGGCAGCAGCCGCACCCGCUGUACUUUGCUGAGGUUGAGUGGCGGGCGGCGACGGCGAAGAGGGGGAGGAGGGGCAGCUCGGGCAGCGCAGCGGAAGAGACGCUGGCGCGCUGGGACGCCGUCGUCACCGCCACGGCCGACUUCAUGGCCUCGUAUGCCUGGUGGAAUGCCUCGACGGGCGUGUUCGACCUCGGCCCGCCCAUGUACCCAGUCUCGGAGAACACGGAUCCGAAUGCCACGCGCAACGCGGCGUUUGAGCUGGCGUAUUGGCGGUUUGGGCUGGAUGUGGCGGUGCGGUGGAAGGAGAGAAUGGGCCGGCCCGUGCCGGGGGAGUGGGUGACGGUGAGGGAUGGGCUGGCGCCGCUGCCGAUGGCGGAUGGCACGUACGCGGUCUAUGAGGGGAUCGAGGGGAUGUGGACGUCGAAUGAGACGACGAAUGAUCACCCGGCCAUGGCGGGGAUUUAUGGGCUGCUGCCGCCGCCGGCGAGUGGACCGCCCCUGGACAUGGACGCCUUAAAGAAGACAGCGCGGAAGAUCAAGGAGUUGUGGGCGCUGGACUUUUCGUAUGGGUGGGACUUUGCCAUGUUGGCCAUGAACUCGCUGCGGCUGGGAGAUCCAGAGCAAGCGGUUGAGUACUUGCUCCAUCCCAUUUUUCAGUUUGAUGAUGCUGGGUAUCCGGUAGGCGGGUCGAGGGUACCGACACCCUAUUUUCCGAAUUCAGCCUCGCUGCUAGUCGCGACGGCUAUGAUGGCUGGGGGGUGGGAUGGGGACGAGGGUAAGACGGGACACUGGCCCAAGUCAUGGGAGAAACAUGUGCGUGUGGAAGGGUUUCUGCCGGCACUGUGAGUGACCAGGCACGCUAGUUAUCAAACUGAUGACUCGAGGACCAAAUCCAUACCUCUCUGUCUGCCCCGUUGGUGGCUCAAAUAUUCCCAUCAACCGUCUAGUAAUCUGCCAUUGCGAAACCGCGAUUCGUCAAACCCUGGCCCAGAAACUCAAGA